UUGUGCCAUCUUACCACACCACCCAGAUCAGCUCCUCCUUCAUCUAGCAAUGAGGAGGAUGAUGAUGAAGGGGAAAUCUACUCCUCCUAUUACUCCUCACCUAUACUCACAGCUACAAGACCAGGUCCACCAGAGCACCAUAAAUACCAGACCUGAAACUCAAGGAUGGAACAGACGCCCAUGGAUGCCGCCAUGUAUGCCAUUUUCACCACAGUAGCCUUACUGGGACCCAUGAGCAGCGUGCUGCCAACACUACCCUAAGCCUCCCAGUCGACUCAGGGAGAGGUCAAGGCAUUCUCCAUCACCCUCUGUACCUGGGCCCUCUGAACCUCUGGAAAAGGCAGUUGAGGAACUGCAGGAGACUUCAGAUUAGGAAGUCAUGCCAGAUGCCAAUUUUUCAUCAUCUCCGGAUGAAGCUAUCAUGCCCCCACCACCCAUGACAGCGGUUGACUUUAAACAGUUGCAGGAAAAGUUUGAGGAUUCCCUGGAGAUACUGUUGGAAGAAGUUGUGGGGGCCCAACAUAAGUUGUUGGACAUCCUCCAGACUUCAACCUCCUCCAAGAUUGCUUUCCCAAUAAACGAGGCUCUUGUAGACCCAACCAAGACCAUCUGGCAGAUCCCAGCAACAAUUCCGCCUGCCUGCAAAAGAGCAGAUACUGCAACAAGCUUCCUGGCUCCACCUCUCUGGUUUUCCAAAAGAGAAUGAUCUAAGGGGGAUGCCAUAUCCAAACAGAGGCUAUCUAAAUGGAUCUCCAGAUGCUUUCACCUUUGCUAUCACCAUCAACAGCUACAGCCCCCACCAGGGACCUGAGUGCACUCUGCCUUGAUAGCCUUCCUCAACAAUGUACCAAUUAUGAACAUCUUCAAAGCAGCAAUCUGGGCAUCAGACCAUAUGUUCACACAGCAUUAUGCCAUGGAGCAGCACUUGUUGUCAGAUUCUUUACUGUUUCAGUCCAGCUGUUCACUGUGCACAGAGUGGAAAAAGGAGAUUUUGAAUCAUCACACCAACAGGAAUGGAGAAGUUCACUGGGGAAACUGCAAACCUUGGCUUUGGCCUUCUAACUCAUGGGAACUUGCAAAGGCUUAUAUGCCUCGUGGGCAGAUGGAUAUUUCUGGACCAGACAAGUGUGAUGCAGCUGCUCUUCUAAACCUUUUCAACUUUUGUGAUCACUUCAGUGGUAUUGACCAGAAGAAAGUCAGAGAGGUGAUUAAGUGCCGCAAUGAGUUAAUGCAUUCUUCAGAAAUGAAAGUUUCUUCUUUAUGGUUGGAAGAGUUUGGAAAGAAGAUUCAGAAUUUAUUAAAGGAACUCCAGAAUGUUCCAGAAGUUAUGACAGCUAGUACAAGGAUAGAAAAGCUUCUGUCAUCGGAUUGGGCUGUUUAUAUACCAGGGGAAGAUGAUCAGCCAGAUGGAUUGGAAGGAGAAACAGAAGUUUGCAUGAGUGGGAGCCAAAUAAGUGAAAUAGAGAUGGAAUUAAUAAAGGAAAGACUUAAAGAGAUCUAUCUUCUGGUAGAAGAGCAGGAGAUGCUGUCUGAAGAGAACUUAAAUAGGAUACAGAUGACAAAGAACUUCUUAAAGGACAGUGGUGAUCUCCAAAUAAGUCUUCAGGCAGAUAUGCAGAGGCUGGAAGGCCUUGAAAAAGAGGGGUACAACCAAAGAAGAUCUAUGAAAGAGACCAUGAAAGAAUAUCCUGAUCAGGAGGAAGAUGAAGGUUGUUCGUUAAAGAAAAUGAAGUGUAUUCCCAAAGAGCAACUUUUGUGAAAAUGCCAGUGACUGUAUUUUGAAGAGAAGUUCCUGUAAGUGAUUGACAAGUAGUCUGUCUUUCACUGCAUGAGGGUAUGCCUAGCCUCUUCAGUGGCUUGGAAUACAAACUUAAAGGGUGAAUUGUCAUGAGAUGCCUUUCUAAAAUUUCAAAACUUCCUGUUGUGGUUUGAUGAUUUUGUUUCUUGGAAGAAUGUCAUGUACUCCGUCCCUCCCACCCCACCGCCUCCUUUUUCAAUUUCAAGAAUGUGGAGAAACAUAGCUAGAGCCAGGAAAUAAACUGUAGGCUUGAAGGACUUGAUCUUGCAAGGGUAUGGGAGACUGAGAGAAGGCAGUACUGAACCACUGGGGCUUUGUUGUUGUUGUUGAGCCAUUAAGGCAAUUAAGCUGAAUGGAUUGGAUGUUGGGCAGCAAAAAUACAGUCCCUAGCAUAUACCAUGAGGCCUCGAGCAGCUGGCUGUAAGAGAGAGUUUCAUUUGUUUCUGUGUCUGGGCCUCAUAACACCCUCUGUUCUCAGUUUAACAUUGGCUCCUCAGUCACUUUGGUGUAAAGCAGCAAUAUUUAAGGGUGGCAGCAAAACCAUCUUAAAAUAAUUAAAAUGACCACUGUACAACAGAUUUACACCGUUCCCUGACCAUGUCCUGUCUUUACUCACGGCAUGGCCAUUUUUCCCAUUCAUGAGCGCUCAUUGCAACAUGAGCAUGGAGGUUUGCUCACAUGAUUCAAAACUGCGUGCAUCUCUCAGUACCACGUGCAGACUGCUGCACCGUUCUUGAGAAAAUGCUCAUCACCAAUGCUUUAACUAUCCAUGUUUCUUUCAGUGGUGCUUUGCAUGGUCAAGUCCUAUGUAGUUGCUUAACCCUGAGAACAGUGGAUUCAGGAUUUCUGCUAAAUUUGCAGCUGUCAGAAUCCCGUAGUACCAAUUUUAAUGGAACAAAGUCCUGGCUUUUUGUGCCUUUUUUAUUUUUUUUUUUAAUUAUUAUUUGUAAAGAAUUUUUUGCAAGCACAAUAAAACAUUCAAAAAAAAUAAAUUUUUAGUUAUGCCAACAGAUGAUGCAUUUAGUACUGGCAGAGCAUAAUUUUGUUAGAUUAUUUGAGAUUAUUAAUUAAUAAUUUGAGAUUAUUAAUCCCAGUUUUUCCCACUAAGAACAAAAACAUUGCAAGUGAGGGACACUGUCAACUAAAAUAAUCAUACAUUUAUAAUAAAACAUUUAAAAUCAGUGACCUUUCAGAAUACUGAAACUGAUGUAAUUUAAAAAAAAACAGGCACUUAAACCUUUAUUUUUGCUUUUUUCAGUUUUAUUUCUUUUUUCUUUAACAUAAUGGAGAUCAGCAAGGUCAGUUUCAAUUUUGUGCAGUCAAUAUUACAGUAUUUCAGUUUCUUAGUGCUACAUUGUUGUUGUUGUUUGUUGUUUUCAGACACUAUUUUUACUUAAAUGUUCCCGGCAACUAUUUUCAUUAGACUUUUUAUUUUUUAAUGGAAACAUUUCUGUUAGUCUUUAGUUUUUUAUAAAACCUCAUUUUUACAAAAUGUGAAUGUUAAGGUACAUUUGCUUUCCAGUACCCUCUAAAAGGGUUGGCAGCAACAUAAAUGUAUUUAAUCUCUUGAGAUCUACCAUUUCUUUUUAAUAAAGACUUUGCAAUCAAUAAAAGGAACAAAAUUCAUAUAUUA